AUAAUUAAUUUUCGUGUUGAAGGUGAACUAUUCCUGAAAAGACUGGGUGUAAUAGUUAUGAGGUAGAGAAGGACAAUUCAGCUCAAUGCAAAUAACUAUAAAAGGAAAUGAUAUAAAGUAUAAAGGGAUCUUUAAUUUACUGUUGAUUUAAAAAAUUAGAUUUCCUUUGUAAAGUUAUUGACUCAGUAAUGCCAUGAACCGUAGUGUCUUGCAACAAGCGCUCCGUGUGAGGACAUUCAAAGUAGCCUCACUUAUGCAAUAGACAGCUUGAAUAUCUGUUUGAGACGUGAGAGGUUGCACUCAUGGCACUGUGGUGUAAUAGCUCUCAGGUUGGCAGUAUUCCCCCGUCAGUGGUCCCUUAUCGACUAAUUACUACGAGUCCCGGUGUGUUUUUCCACAGGGAGGAGUAACAGCAGAGUAUCACACACCACACACUUGCGCUCAGACGCUGCGUGCGCUCCGCGGACACGCUCGGGAGUCAAACCGCAACAUUCGUCAGCUAAACGAAUCAUUAAUCCAGCAUCAUUACGUGAGGACGUUACCGUACGAUCGCGUUUAUUUUUAACUUUUAAAACGUUAGUAACUGCGUUCAUGGAGAUGUUCGUUUUUGCACUUCGGUUUAACAGCUAAACGAAUAAUCUUGUGGAGUCGUAUACGAUUUUAACACAUCGCCUUGCGCUUACAAUCCUAUUUUAUUUGCGCUUUUCUUUACAUCGACCCGCUCUUGGAGAGGUGCGUGCAUGUUGCGUUGCGUUGUAUAGAUGUUAAUGAUGUACUUUUUAAUAUAAUUGCCGGAUAAUUCUUAAAGGGAAAUGCACCGUACAGCUGUAAUGCAGUAAACGGAACAAGCGUAUUUGGAUGUUUCUCUUCUUAUCUAAACAGGGAAGAUAUCUAGUAGCCUUCAAUGACACAGGGUGAAGUUGACAUGGCUGGUCUUAGCUUCCCAAAGUUACCUGCCGGGUUCGACGCGGACUCGUUCUUCCCAGUGCGCCUGCCGCCGAGACGCAGGAGACACUCGGCAAACUCCAGGAGAAAUGCCUACAGGUUGAACAUACUGCACACUAUGGAUAUAGAGCCUCCGGAGAGCAUCGCGCCUCUCACGAAAACGCUCUCGUGGUCAGCCGACAACAUCGUGUCUGAGAGCACUACCGAAGAGAAGAAGACGGAUUCCACUCCUCCACUAUCACCCGACUCCAGCUCACCACCUGCGACCCAGGACUCGGACCCGCAACCGGCAGAGACCUGGACCGAGGACGAGCCCGAUGGCGCGCGCAGGGUCGAUACGAGUUCGGAAUCGGACGAUGAGAGCGCACAGAAGAAGCUUGACUUAUCGCGGACGCUGUUUGAGAGUAAACGAAAGCAGGAGGAAAAAGAUGAAGUCGAGACCCAAGCUGUGGCCACGUCGCCUGACGGAAGGUUUCUUAAAUUCAACAUUGAGAUUGGAAGGGGCUCCUUUAAGACCGUCUAUAAAGGAUUGGAUACGGAGACCACUGUGGAGGUUGCUUGGUGUGAACUGCAGACCAGGAGGUUGACGAAAGUGGAGCGGCAGCGUUUCAGUGAAGAGGUGGAGAUGCUCAAAUGCCUUCAGCAUCCAAACAUCGUCCGUUUCUACGACUCCUGGAAGUCCACCAUGAAAGGCCAAAAGUCCAUUUUACUCGUGACAGAGCUCAUGACUUCAGGAACCUUAAAGACGUACCUGAAAAGGUUUAAAGAGAUGAAGCUCAAGCUUCUACAGCGCUGGAGUCAUCAGAUCCUCAAGGGUCUUCAUUUCCUGCACACACGAACGCCUCCAAUAAUCCACAGAGAUCUCAAGUGUGACAACAUCUUCAUCACGGGCCCGACAGGAUCUGUUAAGAUUGGUGAUUUGGGUCUUGCCACACUCAAGAGUGCCUCAUUUGCCAAAAGUGUCAUCGGAACCCCAGAGUUCAUGGCUCCUGAGAUGUAUGAGGAGAAGUAUGAUGAAGCUGUGGAUGUUUACGCCUUUGGCAUGUGCAUCUUGGAGAUGACCACGUCAGAGUAUCCUUACUCAGAGUGCCAAAACGCUGCACAGAUCUAUCGCAAAGUGACCAGCGGGAUGAAGCCAGACAGUUUUUACAAAGUGAAGGUCCCUGAAUUAAAAGAGAUCAUUGAAGGCUGCAUACGGAUGAACAAAGACGAAAGAUACACCAUACAGGACCUGUUAGAGCACACCUUCUUCCAGGAGAAUAAUGGCGUUCGUGUUGAGUUGGCUGAGGAAGAUGACAUGGUGAAGUCUGGUCUUAAACUGUGGCUUCGAAUGGACGACACCAAAAAGCUUCAUGGCAAAUACAAGGACAAUAACGCUAUCGAGUUCCUCUUCGAACUCUACAAGGACGUCCCAGAGGAGGUUGCACAAGAGAUGGUUAUUCUUGGCUUCGUCUGUGAAGCCGACUACAAGCUCGUGGCCAAAGCCAUCCGUGACCGCGUCACCACCAUAAAGCGGCAACGAGAGAAGCUUCGCCGUGUAGCCGAAGAGGUGCAAAGGAGACGUCAGGAGGAGGUCAUCGAGGAGGAACCAGAACCAGAACCCGCUCCCGAAGCCGAACCUUCGGUUUCCAACCCACCCCCUCCUAAACCUCUUGUUGAGACACCCGUAUCGACCCAGACUCAAGCUCCGCCCACCGUCACAGUGUCCGGCCCUGUUUCUCUUCCUGCGAACAAAUCUCUAGAUUCUGGAUUCAAUGCAAGUUUUGUCACCGAACCCGAGGAGGCAGAUGCAGACCAACAGCAGCACUUCAACAUACGUCACAGCAGCCACUCCUCAGCGACGUCUGAUUGUGAGACAGAUGGCUACCUCAGCUCUUCUGGACAUCCAGACCCGUCAGACAGCCGUCCUCCUGUGAUGGUGAACCAACCCUCCACAGCUUCACAACCAGCCAGUGUAACGCCUCAAAUGGAAGCCCCGCCCAUUGAAGCUCCUCCCACAGAAGCCCCCAUUACUCCGGCGCCCCCAAUCCCAGCUCUUCGUUUCCCCUCUAGCAUUGCUGUGUGCCAAAAUCCAGAGAGGAAUCAGCCAGGAAGCGGUUUUUCCUCUUCUGUCGACAGCUACGCCUCUGAUGUCACCUCCGGGUUGAGUGACGGAAACGAAGGACUAUCGGAGAGGGGCGGGAAGGGUCAAAGCAAACGCACGGGGACCAAGCUGCUCAGGAAGAGAGCUCGCUCGCGGUUACGCAUCACUGGGCUGUCGGAUAAGGUCGAUCGAGUGGUGGAGUGUCAGCUACAGACCCACAACAGUAAGAUGGUGACGUUUAAGUUCGAUCUGGAUGGAGAUAACCCGGAAGACAUCGCCAUAGUGAUGGUCCAUAAUGAGUUUAUUCUACCUGGGGAACAAGAGGGAUUUAUCCACCGCAUGAAAGACAUCAUUCGUCGGGCCGAGGCCCUGAUGAGGAGAGAACCUUUGGAACCCUUCAGUCCAGGAGAAAUACCGCAGCUGCCUUACCUGAGCGGAGCCGGCACACUGUCUGGCUCACAGCCCAAUCUUUACACGAACGGCCUCGCUCGCACACACUCCUACUCCUCAUUGCCAGAUUAUGCCGCAGCCAGUUUCGGUCAUGUGACCCGGGGCUCUUCCCCAACCCUGAGGGCUGACUUUUACGUCGACCCCGAUGCUGUUCCACCCGUCCGGCCGCUGCGCUCACAAUCCUUCCACACUACAGGGUCAUCUCAAACCUACCAUGGUCCUGCCCCCACCUACCCACAAUACUCCCACCCUGAUGUUAUGCCCCAUCUACUUCCAAAUCAGAUGUCCCAUCAGUUUACCAACCCAGCCUACAUUCGCAGCCCCCCCCUUCCCUACCUGUAUCCUAUAGACCACGGCUCCCUCAACCAAAGUCAUCUGACUCAUGUCCCCGGCAGCCCAAACUUCAUCUCUUCUCCUUCUUCUUCCACUUCUGUUGUUUCGCCGGGCGGCGAGAUGUCUCCUCAGGCAGACGGCAACACUCUUUCGCCUCCCGUUGCAAUUCCACCUGGCCAGCAAGCGCCAGGCAUGUGGCCUUCCCAGCAGCCCCUCAUUUCCCUGGCUAACGUUAUUUCACUCGCUAUGAAUUUUGCACAGUCCUUUAUUCCACCCAACCAAGGUUACCACCCCCAAAUGCCAGGUUAUGGUCCAAUGUAUCCAGGCCAGCACGCAGGGAUGAGCAACGCUGAUGUUUCAUACCACCAGGGGGCCAUGAUGGGGCAGUAUAUGGACAUGUACCAAUACCCAGAUGCCCAUUCUCAAUUUCAAACACCAGUUCCUGAUCUUCAAGAGUGGGGGCAAACAGCAAGUCCACCAGAAAACCUGCUCCUACCAGGGGAGCCAAGAACAGGCACGCAGCCUCACCACCCUGACAUUAAACAGAUGCUUUCUACCAACUCAAGCUCUUCUCCAGAGUCCAUAAGGAGACCCCGGGUGGACAGUCAGUGUGGUAUCACAGGGCAGCUAAGAGAGCGGGCGGACAGCUCUUCUUCAAGCACACACAGCACACCCAGCAUACCCAGCACCAGCAUACCCAGCACCAGCACAUCCAGCACCAGCACAUCCAGCACCAGCACAUCCAGCACCAGUUCACCAGCGUCAUCUACAUCACACAGUCCGCAAAACACGGUGUCCUCUUCCAACCUGAGAUCCUCCCCCAGUCUGCCAGCGUCUUUGGUCGCAUCCGAGGCGAAAUCAAGACUCUCACCCAUAUCUGAAGAGAAAAAGUCUAUUGUCACUCUUGGACGAUUCCAAGUAAGUCCCAGCAAUAAGAUCCCAGUCUCAUCUCCUAGUCCCACCCCCAGCCUCACGCCCACAGCAACUCCCACAUCUACACCCACUAUGACCUGCCCCGCAGACACACCCAUUAAGCACAGCAGCCAAUCAGACAGCAGCACAGAUCUCCAAGCGGAGUCAGAAGGAAGCCCCAGCUCUCUGAUCGCAUUGCCUCUUACCAAUCCACCCAGUGAGUCUUUGGCCAGCUCAGAAAGCGCCUCCUUGUGGACUGGAGGUGCUAAAGCUGUGGAGGGUAAAGCUGAGGAACCAGAGGAGGGGCGUGGAGAUGAAGAGGUGGAGGAGACAGAGAUGAGGCGGAGAAGAAUAAGUUUGAGUUUGAUGGACUGUUCAACCGGGAGUUCUCAGUUCAAUCUAAAUAAGCCGUGGAUGAGCUACACACGCGGCACAUCGUACGCCAGCAGCGACGAGACUGAAAGUGAAGGCGAAGAAAUGUACGAUGAACUGCAGGAGCUUCGGGAGAGACACCUGGCAGAGGUUCAAGCUCUGCAGGCCACUCAGAAGCAAGAAAUCGAGGAGCUCUACCAGCAAGUUGGUAAAGUGCCCCCUCCAGGGAUUGUGUCCCCUGCUGCCAUGCUGUCAAGCCGCCAGCGCCGCCUGUCCAAGAGCGGAGGUUACCCCACCUCACGCCGAAACAGCCUGCAGAGACUCGAUAUACUGCCCUCUUCAAAUACCUCAGGUAUCAUGCGUAAGAACUCUGUGAGCGGCAGCAGCAGCGGAUCACAGGAAAGAGCCAAUAAAGGUGUGACGUUUGCCUCCGAUUACAGCAGAAUUUGAAUUCUUUAGCUAAUCCUUUGGCCCCCUUCCUGCUCUCCUAAUGGUAAGGAAGUGACAUCAUCCUUGUAGAUGAAACGACUUACAUCUCUGCCAAUGAGGUGUGUGCAGUCUCUAGAGAGGAGUGUGUAUUCCUUACAGGCGAAUAUUAUUGGUGAUUAGUUCAGAUUUUAACCAGUCAUGUACUUUUGCUCAGUAUUUUAAGGACGUUUUGCUCACCAAGUGAACAUUUACAAAAGAGUUAUCGUAAGUGAAGGCUUUAUAUGGCACAUGUAUAUAAGAUUUAGCUGAUAUCUGCACAUAUUUAAGGAGAAAUGUACUUUCAUUUAUGCAAGAGUUGAAUAUUGGUUGAAUACUUCAACUGGAAAUCAGUUUUUGCAUUUCGCUCUCCACUUGGUUGUGUUUUGUCCAAAAUGUUUUAAGUAUAGUUUAAGUGUUUUUAUGUAAAUUCCGAGUUUCCAGAAGUCAUAAAAACCUAAAAAUGAAUUUUUACUGUCAACAGUUGUACAUUUUGCUGUAAAAUUGCAAUGUAAAGCAACGCAUGCAGUUCUUAGGGCAUGCUGCAGGUUUCCUUUCACAUCAAGCAGUAUCAUGUAAAUAUUCUGAUAAAAUGUUUAUUAUGGAUUGCAGAGUAAUUGCACUUUGUUGUUGAAAUAUUUUUGCACAUAUAAAAAUGCACAGCACAGUUAAAAACAAAACGCCUCCCACAACUAAUGUAAUGAAUUUCUGGUGAUUGUCUCCACAGCAUAAAACAAGUAUAUUUUUAGGCUCUAAAUUAUUAAAAUUAAGUUCUUAUCCAAAAAUACAUUCUCCUAGUUUAUAAAGAUGUAAGUUUGAAAGAUCUCUUACCUCUCACGGUGGAAAUCUAAAUGUGAUCUCACAUUAUUUAUAUGCCUUUCAGCUCAUGGCUGGCUCAUGUCUGCUUUAUUUUCUCUCUUUAAACUCUUUUGUCUUAAUAUUUUCAUUUUUGUUUUUUAUAGUAUAUCCUAUAGAGUGUGAAAUUAAGCUGUUAAUUCUAAUUCAAACAAAGAAAAAUAGAAAUAACAACUCUUGCCAAUAAUGUGUGUGACACCAGUGGAGACUCCGUUAAGGCCUAUGCAGCAAUGGUACAUACAUGAAUGUGUUAAGACAGUAACAUACUGACAACUGAAAAGCUGUGAAGUUUGAACAAUUAUUGCCUUAAAGUAUCUGUGUUUGAUGGGACACCUGAAGUGUUUUUUUUUUCUGCAUACCCAAAAGAGAUUCACUAUAUUUAGAUAAAGAGAAUUUACAUAUUGUGAUAAAAAUGUUGUGCCUAUAUGUGGCUUUUUUCUGAUUCAUAAUUUAAACAUGAUCAUUGUAAAUAUACAAAUAAAUAAUUAUUCUAAACAUA